AUGGCGAUCAGAGCCGGAUGCGCAAUGGGCAGCAUUGUCGCCUUUGAAGGAACGCCCGACGUUGUGUUGACGCAGCUUCGUUUGCUACCUCCCUCACCAUAUACUCUGAUCCUGCCUAGCAUCAUGCCAUACAUUAAACCGAGAGACGGAGCUCGCUGUUUCGAUGCCCGUGAUUUCAUCCGGCAAGUUCACCUGGCUUUCCAAGCACGUAACCAGGCUGCCCGCGAUUUUCUAGAUGGCUCAACAGCGGACCGCAAGCGAUUGGUUUUUCUCAAUGGAGGCACCCUAGGAGCUCAAGCGCUUUGCGUAAAGAAGAUUAUGGAGUAUGAGACCCAAGGCGACCAGGCCCAAGCGGAAUACAUCUUCCAACAGAUAGCCAAAGACGGACUGGCUGGGCCGGACGAGAACGAUACGCCCUUCCCUGGCAUGCUGAACCGAAGCGCAUCUGAUGACUCGGAUUAUCCGUCGUACGGCCAUGUCUUGGAGGAAGACCCCAUCACAAAAGCUAUGCGGGCAGCUGAUGCCCUGGACCGUCAAACGGCAAAUCUGCAGCCUUCAGGCGACCUUAACUUCACAAUGCCAUCUCGGAAGCGUAGCUCAAGUCUGCCCGUGUAUGGAUAUUGCGACGAUUUUGACGACUCAUCAACGCCCUAUUACGUAUUCGGUGCUCCACCAAACCAGGAAGAUGGUACUGCUGAAGUUUUCCCCGACAGCCUGCGUGCUACCCCGAACCAAAGGCUCAGUGUCAUGCAGCCCACGCCGGAAUCUCCAGACACGACACAGCCUAGAUCAGACCUUCCGUCGCCGAGCAUCUAUUCUACUAGCGGUGUAGGAGAAUCUCACGACCCCAACGCGCAUGGUCGUCAGUUGACUACGUCAGUCGCUCCUUCUCCGGCGUCGGAAACCUCCAGUAUGUCGUUUUCGGAACACGUUGUGUUUGGCGAAGCUUCCGUGCUGGACAUGCGACGGAUGUCGAAACGAAACUCGCUCUUCAGGGCAAAAUCACUUGACAGAAAGUAUUCUGCUGACCCCAGGGUUCGACAUUUUGGUAUGCCGACCGAGUCGUGGCUGGAUGAAUCAGACACUCCCAGAAUUUCGCAACACACCCUACCUACAACUUUGCCUUCACAGAUGCAAAAUGCACAAUGGCUCCAGACUGUUGUCGAUAAACCGCGAACCGUGGUGGUGAAAGCACAGAAACGUCCUGACGAGAUGGAGCCGGUUCUCGGGUGGGAAGAAUGGAGGGCCUCCAACUCUGUUGGAAAGGUCGAGUCGAGAUAUGUUGACCGAUGCACAAAUACUCGGUACAGUUUCGCCACGACUCCGGUGUUUGAGCCGAUUCUGAGCCCGGUAGAAGAUUUGAUUGUUUUUUUCAAGGAUGAUGCACAAGAUUUCCCGCUCGAAUCAGCCAUCAGCACGUUCAGAAACCGCCGUUAUCCUGUCUUGUCCUAUUCGCCUGCUCCAUCCGAUGUCGAAAAUAUGGCCGAAUCUCUGCCUGGCACUCCCACCCCGUUGUCGCCUACGGCAGCGGACCCAUUGAGUAUCAAUAUCAAAUCGCCCGACGCUGCGUUGCCCAGCUUGGACGACUGUGACCCUUUUGCCUACGCACCGUCAAAGUGUCAAGGCCCCAAAGUUGCAGAGCUUGCUGCCGCAGUGGCACUGGCCCGACGGCCGACUCCUUCUCAAGCAUCUGUCCCGACAAUAUCCACAUUCCAUGAGCAGAGGGUCCAUGAAUUCAGCAUCAGUUGCAGCCAAACGGCGGUAUCGAUACAAAACUCUCUGCGGGCCGUUCUAGGCGAGCAUUUCCCGCCCGAUACGGCAGGCUACGGACCGUUGCAGUUCUCUCCUCUUCCGGAGUUUGAUGGCCUCUGGAAACCCAUCCUCAGAGAUAAGGAGCCAAACAGAUGGCAGAAGGACGACGGCAGCCGCACUCAAAUCCUGGCCAUUGGCCCACAAAGAGGCGUCGAGAAGAAAUAUUCGCUGGCGAUGAUUGGGAGGCUGGAAGAGGUUGGCAGGAAAUCAUGCGAGGUUUCUAAAACCGAUCGUGUGGAUUUCAGGUAUCUUCUUGCCAAGGCGAUGCAGGAGUUUACUGCACGACGACUGGCCGACCAGACGGAUAAUCCAUUCACCAACUCAAACCUGCUGGCGACGCUGCUCAUUCCACCUCUAGAGACUUACCUUGACUUGCAUUCAGAAGUUCAAUAUCUGUUGCUGACAUACCCACCAGAGCACUUAUCGACCGUGUUGGCCCUGCAGAAUCUUGUGGGCGUUGAUGUGUUGAAGGUAGCCCAGAUUGUUGAGUCAAUUAGGGAAGACGACUUGACCUUAACCCACACUAGGCGGCGGGGAUCAAUCGAUAAGAAGUCGGACAGCAAGCCGGCUCAACCCUUGCUCUUGUCCAGGUCGUCGUCGACGUAUAUUUCCCCAUCCCAAGAAAACUACUGGUUGACUUGUAGUGCCUCGGAGGAGGACAUUGCCACUUUCGUCUCCAGAGUGUGGAACAUAGACACGGAACAAGACGAGUCUUCGCUGCCCUCUGAGCAAGCAGCAGAAAAGCCCAGAAAGAAGCGGCCACCGCCUCUGAGCCUGGAAAAAGAAGACGUCAAGGAGACUUCGGUGUUGGUGCUUCAGAGCCCCCUGUCGUCGACUAGGAUGCUGGUGCCGCCUCCGGAGCCUGAAUCGUCUGCUCUUCCUGUGCGCGCUCUGUCCAUUGCGGACAGUAUCGAGACGAGCAAAAUGUUGAAGAGCAAAAGCAGCCGCAGCAAUACACGAGCAACGAACGGCCCUAGAGGCGGACCAGAGUCUUCCAAAGGCUUCUACAUGAAUGAUGACAGCGACGACGACAUGGAUGAGCGGAGACUCAUGCCAGUCUGUUUGCAGAAGAAGGUCGCUCCGAAACCCAGCAGCCGAAAGGCUCUCAAGUUUUUGGGGCUAGCCUAA